UUUCCAGCACUGUGCGGCAAAAGCAUCAGCGGCACGACCACGAGUGCGCGCGACAGCAGCUGCUGGCUUGCCAAUUCGUGCAAAGGGGUUUCAGAGGCGAGCAUGAACAGCUAUUUUGAGGGCCGGAUAUGCAUGUCUGGAUUGGGGGCACACCAGCUUGGCACGACGGCACCGCACGACGAGAGCAGAGAAGUCGAAGCUGGAAGCACGCCAUCUCCCCGCGACGUCAUUGGGCCCGCCCGCCCUCGCGACUACGACUUUUGGCGCGACGGCCCACGGCGUUUGUAAUCCACCCCAUGUGGUUAUAGCAUGGCCAUGGAGCCUCUGCUGCACAC